AUGGUUGUCUUGGGUUCCAAAUGGAUCAUUAAGGGUCAGCUGUCCCGCCUUUUUUCCUCUUUUCCCUCUUUCCCUCCUCAUGAGCAACAUCAACACCACCAUGAACAACAGCAUGAAGUGAAAAAAAAUCUUUGGAGAGAUAACAAGAUAUUUCGAGAUGAGAAUAAAGCACUCCGCAAAGAGAAUAAGUUCCUUUGGAUAGAAAAUAAGGCUCUUCGAGGAGAAAAUAAAACCUUUCGAAUAGAAAACCAAGUACUUCGGGAGGCAAACCAGUUCCUUAGACAGCAAAAUCAGAUCCUCUGGGAGGAGAAGAGGAUUGUUUGGGAGAACAAAAAAGCCCUCUGUGAAAAAAGCAAUGCCUUGAAUAAAGAAAAAAAAGCUUUUGGGGAACAGAAUAGAGCCCUUCAGGCACAGAUCAAGGCUCUCCAGGAGCAAGAGAAAGCCUUCCAAAAUGAGGAAAAAGCUCUUCAAGAAGAAAUCAAGUCUCUCCAUGAGGAGAUCAAGGCCCUCCAGCAUCAGGAAAGUGCUCUGAAUAUGGAGGAACAGGCCCUGUGGAAGGAAGGAAAGGCCCUGCGCAUGGAAGAGCAAGCUCUGUGGAAGGAAGAACAAGCUCUUCGGGAGGAGAAUAAGGCACUCAGAGAGGAGAACAAUGCCCUGCAGGAGGAGGAAAGAGCCCUUCGAGAGGAAGCCAAAGUACUUGGGGAGUGGAACAAGAUCCUCCAUGGAAAUGAAGAGGACACACCGGCUAGCUGCGAGAAAGUAGAAUAG